AUGAAAUAACUAUUAAUCGAAUACAAGUUUAUGUCAAGUUUGGCGUACCAAUUACACAACGUGAUAGUGGUGAAAUUAAACGUAAAUCAAUUGCUAUGACACGAUCAAAAGUAGUCAAAUGUGCUGAAACGGAAAGGUGUGAAAAGUAUUUCCGAGAGGCUGGUGACAAAUGGCAAAUGGAUAGUCAACACAAAGAUGAGGCGUUAAAUUUAAUAAAAUUAAAGUAUCGAUAUUGA